UAUUUUGUACAUAUGAUUCUGUAUAUGAUAGCACUUUAUCUGCCAUCUGCUCUGCUGUCGUGUUCUUCCCGAAGGCUUCAACAAACUCGCCGUUUGGAUCCAUGAGGUACAUGAAAAUGCUAUGAUCGACGAGAUAGUCUUCAUUAGGCGAGAUAUUUGGUGGAGUGGAGAAGUACACCCUGUAUACUUUACAAGCAGCUCUGACGUUCUCCCACGGGCCUGUAAGUCCAACCAUACGAGGGUGGAAUCCUUCCAAGUACUUUCGCGUUUGAGCAGUUGUGUCUCUAGCUGGAUCGCAAGAUAUGAAGACUGGUUGGACAAUCUGACCAAGUUUAGCAUCAACUCUGUCGACUACAGUACCCAUCUUGUCAAGUUCAUCAGGGCAGAUAUCCGGACAAUUGGUGAAACCAAAGUAAACGAGACUGAAUCUACCGAGCAAGUUCUCGUGUGUGAAGCUAUUCUCUGUUUUCGCGUCUAUCAAACUGAAGGGACCGCCAAUCUUUGGUUUGCCUAACUUUUCAGAUUCGCUUAUUUUACGUUUUUUGCUCUCCUCAACCUCGGCUUUCGCUUUGUUAAAGUAAUAAUAUAAACCGACACCUGUGGCGACGAAAAGCGAUGCAGAUACCCAAUUAAAUGGGCCUACAAACGCUUUAUCUCUCUGUUGCGAUUUAGUUUGAAUAGAUCUCGAGCUAUUUGAGAGAUAAAAAGGUGAGAUAAUAGAUUUGUUAUAAUGACUAGAUUGUCUUAAUAGAUUUCUAUAUCUGAGCAUUUCAAUCCUCUUGGUUCGUUACAACGAGGAAUGACUGCUGAUAAUCCCACGAAAAUCAAAAUAUCAACGAGAUCUCUACGAACACAACAAUCUGAAGAACAAAAUGAUUAUUUAGACGACGACAAUCCAGACAUCGACCAGAAAGAUGACCAGAUUAUCUCAGAUUUUGACGAUCAACAAGAUAUUAAGAGACAAGAACAAUCUCAGACUCAAGAGCAGAUACCUCAGACAAAAUACUCGGGCUCUGAGUUUGGCGACGAUCUAGACGAUAUACCUGAACCAGAGCAAUCUGACUACAACGACGAAGACAGUCCACCACCAAAGAGUGCAGCUAGAAAUAAUAACAGACGCGCAUCUACAAAGAAAGCUCCCGUGGAGGAGGAUUAUCAUGACGAGGGGACAGACUACGAUAGCGAUGAGAUAUACGACACUCGGAGAAGACCGACACGACGUGGUCGCCCUUCGACGCGUCGUCAAGUUCAGCGUUUUGUAGAGUUCGACGAUGGUGAUCCCGACGAUGACGACGCUGCCUUCUCUUUACGUGGUAGUAGACUCAGAAAAAGAGCUGAAAAUCACUCCUCUGAAAGGCGCUCAAGUAGACGAUCGAGACCAGUAGUCGAGUACCUCCCUUCAAAGGAGGUAGUACAAGAGCGUCACGAGAAAUUAGCCAACGAAAGAGCACUUAGGGCUGAACGUAGAAGGAAUGUUAUGUACACAGAUGAUGAAGACGACGAUGACUCUCCCGAACGUAGAAACUACUCACUCAGGACAAGACGCGAGCGUCCUAAUUACGUACUUCCGCCACCUAUACUCGACGUUAGGGAGAGUCCCGAGAAAAUUGGGCGUCUUCCUUCAUUCACUGCUCUCCAACAUCCAGGUAUUGACUUGGUACCAUGGAACAAUCGCGGCAGUUUAGAUGACUCUGAUACAGAUGACGAUUUAUCUCCUAGUAAGCGUCCACAACCGGCAAUUUCAAAUCUUGCUGGUGGUGGUGGUGGUUUGCUCGCCCCAAGCGGUGGUAUGGGUAUAGAUUCUUUAGGUACAGCAGGUCCUAGUAACCUCGGUAAAGUCGGUGAUGCCGCAUUCGCUGAUGCUGACCCUCUUGGUGUCAACACAAAAAUUUCAUUCGACUCUGUUGGUGGUUUAGAUGAGCAUGUACGACAAUUAAAGGAAAUGGUUUCCCUCCCUCUCCUUUAUCCUGAAGUUUUCCAGCGUUUUAACGUUACACCACCAAGGGGUGUCCUCUUCCAUGGGCCUCCCGGUACCGGUAAAACACUCGUAGCAAGAGCCUUAGCGGCCAGUUGCUCCAACGAAAAUCAGAAGAUUUCCUUCUUCAUGCGUAAAGGUGCAGAUUGUUUGAGUAAAUGGAUAGGUGAAGCAGAGAGGCAGUUAAGAUUACUCUUUGAAGAAGCCAAAGCAGUACAACCUUCAAUCAUAUUCUUUGAUGAAAUUGAUGGUUUGGCACCUGUAAGAUCAUCAAAACAGGAACAAAUUCACGCAUCUAUAGUUUCUACUCUACUCGCUUUGAUGGAUGGUAUGGAUGGUCGUGGACAAGUUAUUGUUAUUGGUGCAACUAACCGUCCAGAUGCAGUUGAUCCAGCUUUGAGACGACCAGGUAGAUUUGAUCGUGAAUUUUAUUUCCCACUUCCAAAUGAGAAAGCGAGAAGCAAAAUCAUCGAGAUUAACACGAAAGAAUGGGAUCCACCACUUGAGCCACACUUCGUUGAGAAGCUCGCAAAUCUUACAAAAGGUUAUGGUGGUGCAGAUCUACGCGCUUUAUGUACAGAAGCUGCCCUCAAUGCUGUUCAACGUAGAUAUCCACAAAUUUACAAAACUAAUAAUAGGUUGUUACUUGAUCCUAAAACAAUCAACGUACAAGCUAAAGACUUUAUGAGAUCUAUCAAGAAAUUAAUCCCAUCUUCUGCUCGCUCCAGUGCAACUUCAGCUGCUCCAUUACCGCAGCAUCUUACCCCACUCCUUGGAGAAGCCCUCAUCGAGGCUAGAAAAGUGGUUGAUAAGGUAAUCCCAAGAAACGAAGAGAAGAGCAUUAUUGAAGAAGCUGAAUAUGAAGAUGAAGUUGGUAAUGAUGGUGGUUUCUCGUUGGAAGUAAUGCGUCAAAACAUGAACAAUAUGAGGACAUUUAGACCACGUAUGAUGGUUUACGGUGAAGAAGGAAUGGGUCAAUCAUUUAUAGGACCUGCUUUGCUUCAUUAUUUGGAAGGCUACAACGUACAAUCACUUGAUUUGGCAACGCUCCUUGGUGAUUCUACUCGUACAAUUGAAUCCGCAUGUGUACAAAUGAUUCUUGAAGCUAAGAGAAACAAACCUUCAGUUAUUUAUAUACCCUCACUCCACGAAUGGUGUAACGUCGUAUCAGAAGCUGCAAGAGCGACAGUUACCGCAUUACUCAAUACGAUCAGUCCAUCUGAUCCUGUACUUGUAUUAGCUAUGCUUAACAGUCGACCAGAUGAGUUACCACGUGACGUAAAGAGAUGGUUUGGUUUUGGAAGAGACACAAAGGUCGCUUUGAAGGACAUCUCUGAAGAUCAAAUACGCGAAUAUUGUCGAGAAUUGAUUGAUAUGAUUCAACUCAAACCUAAUAUGUUCCCUGAUACAGUACAGCGUAAGAAACGUAAAUUGGAAGAAUUACCAAUUGCUCCACCUGUUGCACCACGUGAACCUACCGAAAGAGAACUCAAUGCCCAGAUUGAGAAUGACGCUAGAAUUCGCGAGCAUCUUAAGUGGAGAUUGGGAGCCGUUCUUGAACAACUCAAGAAAAAGUUUAGGAGGUUUAUGAAGUCAUUUGCUGAUGAAAUUGCAAUGGUUGUACCAUUACCUGUCAAUACUAAUAAUAAUGGCACUGCGAAUGCUCUCGCUCGCGUUGAUGUUUUUGCUGAACCUAAUCAAGAGCAGCAAAAUAAUGAGGUGCAGAUUGUUGAGAAAGACACCGAAGGUGAACAGCAGAAUGUCGACAAGGAGAAUGACGAUGGCAGUAACAUACCAAAUGGCGUUGACGAGAGUGUGUCAGAGGAAGAGAAAGAAAAAGAAGAUGGUGAAAAAGACGAAACUGACAAACAAGACGAUAAUGAGGAACCAGAUAGUGAGAAACCUGAAGAAAAUGGUAUUCAGGAUGACAACAUUGAGGAAGACAAGGAAAACAGUGAGGAGCCAGCUGAGAAAGUCGAAAAUGGAGAUACUGAGAUGGCAGAAACUACAGAGACGGUAGAUGAAGCACCUCAAGUGGACCAAAAGGAGAGUGACGAUGAUGAACCGAUUAUUGAAGACAGAAAUGAUAGUGACUUUGAACCUGAAGAAGACGAAGAGGCUGUUGAGCCUCAACCAGAGGUUCAAACUGAAGCACCUCCAGAAGUAAAUGCUCAAGAAAACAUGGAGAAAACUCUCGACGAUGAAUUGAUGGCUUUAACUGAAGUCCAACCUGGUGAAACUCAAAAAGAACGUCUAAUGAUAUACGAUAUUGAUUUGGAGAAGAUCCACUUCAACGUAUAUAAAGACAAUUACGUGAAUCCGGCUCAGUUCGUAGAUGAUGUCGCUAAAAUUGUCCACAAUGCUGAACUCGAUAAGAGUGAUCAAGAUAGAUUGUGGAAAGCAGAACAACUCCUCACACAUGCCAGAGUCCUAGUUGAUCAAGCGUUUGAUGCUCACUUUAGAAUCGAAUGCCAACGUAUGGCAGAUAGAGAAUCUAAGAGGAUUGCAGAAUACAAGGAGAAGAGAAAGAAGGAGAGAGAAGAAAAGGAAAACAAAAAGAAGGAAGAGGAAGCUUUGGCUAACAAAGAUAAAGAUGAUCAACAGCAAUCAAGUAAUGAACAAACAGAAAAUCAAGAUGAGCAUCACGAUAAAGACCCAAGUGCUGAGUCCAAUGAAGAUGCACAAUCUAACGAAGUUGGCGAUCAAGAUCACGACAACGGCACUUCACUUAAGCGCCCUCGCGAAGGCGAAAUGGAAGGCUUGAAGGAAGGACCUGAUUCUAAGAAGGCCAAGGGGGACGUUGAGAUGCAUGAGAGUUCUCCGGGACCUGAAAAUGUCGAAUCUGAAAAGCAACCAGAGCAAGCUGAUCAACCAGGGCAAUCAGAGCAACCAGAGCAACCAGAGCAAAUCGAGGAACCAUCGACUAAAUCGCCUACACCAGAACCAGAACCAGAACCUGAAUUCGUAGUCGACAAGCAACAACUUGACGCCUUACUCAAUGAGGCUGUCACACUCCUCAAAGACUUCAAUGUCGACGAAUUAGAGCAAACACGUGCAGCUAUCAGUAGUGUAAUCUGGGAACACCGUUACGAAUGGAAUAGGCAAUCGAUGAUUGAUGUCGUUAGGACGACGUUACAUGAUUGUAAAUAUGACGUUGAAAUGUAAAAGUUAGUUAAAUAAAUGCAUUGAACUUAAUUUAUGACUCUCGGUAUAUAUCUUCGUGGUGGUAAUGGUGGUGGAACGUUGUUGUUAUUGUUGUUACCGUUCAUUCUGUUUACUGUGCGACGUGGAGGUAAUGGGGGUGCAUAAGCUGGUGUGCGCACUCGAGGACUGUACGCUGGCGGUGGGUUACUCUCAUUCCUCUUUCGUUGUAUAUCCCGCAAUAAAUCCUCUCCCGCUUGUCUCCGCAAUCUGUCCCUCUGUAAUCGCUCAUCGAAGGAUAGACCAAUGUGGCUGUCAGCUUCCCAGCUUUCACGCAAUGCCAUAUUAAAUGCUGAUUGAGGAUCCACUGGUGUAUUAUUAAACUCAUUUUGACCAUUCACUCGACGUCUAGGUCUGGCUGACGCUGUAUGUCAGAAAGUGAUAUUAUAUAAAAUGUACACAAACGAUCAGUCAAUUUAAACCCAUUUUGUUCAUUUCGACGAUCAACCAUCUUGGAUGUCAGUCAUAGGGGUGAAAAAAUGCAAAAAAUUUCUAUAAAAGUACAAAAUCUAUUAAAUUUAUUGGAAGUAUGGUGUUUCAUAGACCUUAUCACGCAUCUUCCAAUCAC